AUGGGCACAAGACGACAACUCUCGUGGAGAGCAGCCUUUGCUCUUAUUCCUUUUUUUUCUCUAUCACUUCUAUUACUCUCCUAUGUGGGCUUUCCCCAUAGUUCCCAUCUGAAUCCUCGAGCCUCUGCUACAGAUCACCAUGAUGCGGUUGAUAACCUUACCAAGCGCGCCACCGACUUAUACGAGCCGGCCCGCGAGAAGGGAGCCAAACUGCAUUGUCUAAUGGGCAUGUCUAAGGCAGAUGCUAAGGCUGCCAAUGGGGGAGCUUCGUUAGAGUCGCCGAUAUACCUACAGACAGACCUUUUGCCGGAGACAGAAGGUUGGAAAUACGCGGACUCAAAAGUUUACUUCGCAAGCUACUUAAAUGAAGCUUUGGCUGCACUCAACAUCCCCAGAGAGUUUCACCAUCAUACCUGGAAGCAUCUAGAGUCAACGGAAAUCUACGAUGAUCCGACCUGGUUCGUUGAUGACAAUGCUGAGCCAAACUUCAAUUCCCAGCCAGGCCAGGCCUCGUUGGCAUCUUUUGCCAACUCGUUUAUUUUAGAUCCUGGCGUGAUCAUUGCUGAUAAGAACCUCGGGGUCGCUGAAGCUAUGAAACAGAAUCUCAUUAACCCAAAUUCUCUCACGACGCAUAUCAAAAAGUGGAGUGAUAUGGCGUGGAUACAGUGGUUUAAUACCUGUAAAUUUCAAGAAGGGGAUGUCACAACUCUCAAGUAUAUCAUUCGCUCUUGGAUUACAAACCACACCACUCUAUCAUUGAUAUUCGAAGCCAUUCUCAAUAAGAACGACAAGGAUGGCAAGGGAACAAGGAUCGGCCGGUGGAACGAAAGGAUAACCCUUACCGUCGACGACAACCCAGACGAAUUCCACGCUAUACUUGGUAGCCCCAACGGAGCAGGAUCGGCCUACUUGUUGAUUAAUCACAAAGACAAACUGGGGGUUAGGGUUAUUAAUAAGGUUGAUAUAUUUGUUCCUAAUAUUGGCUUUGAUGUGGAAGGAACUACAGUGGACAAAGACCUUGAAGCAAGGAAGGUUAUGCUUUUGUUUCAUAUAACCAAGGUUUAG